GAAAUGUGAUACCAAACAGAAAACACGUGCUGUGACGUAUAAAUUGUUUAAUUGUUUUUGGUGCCUUAAUUUGCAAAUUUUUAAACCACCUUUCAUCCCGUUCGCUUUGCUUAAGCUAAUUUGUAUGCUGAUGAUAAAAUGAAUAUUUUAUUCAAACAAUUGAAAUGCUGUUAUGAUUUAUAUUUAUUUGGGAAAAAAUUUGACUGCGUGUUUAUGCAAAUACGCAUCUUGUCUGAAGCACUGUCAGACAUGUCCAAAUGUGACACGAUUAUCUACUUCUGUAUUGGGGAAUGAUGCCCUUUUCUAUCAAUGAAUCUGAGGUGGGAGAUCUAGGGCCAACAUAAUCCUUUUGUGACAGUGACCAUGUCUUAAUUGUUAGUCAAAUGUCACGGUCCAUUUACUCGGCCAAGCUUUCGGGGCAUAGAACUGUUUGUGUUCAGUCAUAGUUUAAAUUGGUUAUCAUUGUAUUCUACAAAUGUAGUUACAAUUUUUUCUCUUUUUUUCUCUAGAUAUCGUGAUGGCGCACGAGAUACAUUUAAAGAACAACAAAUACCGACAGUGGGUCAAGGCAGGCCUAGGCUUAGGUUACCUGAAAGAGGGACUAGCACCAUUUUGUGAUGACAUAGGAACACUUCAGCACAAAGAUAUUAUAAACCAAAUUCAAGGAACAAAGACUCCUAAACCAAAUGCACCAUGUGGCGUCUGUCAGAUAACAACUCUCCAGCCAGAUCACGUCCGAGUCUCAAAAGGAGUGUGUCCAUUCAAGCAAGAUAAAUGUAACUGUUGCUUUCCAAAUAAUAAGAAACCUUGUCCAAACAAUGUAUGUGGUGCCAUCUAUGACAGCAUUAUACAGUAUCAUGCAUCAAUACCACCGGCACCUUUUUGGAAAAACAGCGAUGCCCAUGAUUGGUCCGUUGACCCAUGGAGUGUCUGUAAAUGUUUUAUAAAUGCUCCCGGGUACAAGGACAAGACAUCAGCAGUCGACACUGACUGCUCGGGUUUACUACAUGUUAUCACAAAUAACAAAUAUUUUCAUAAUCAUAUUGGAUGCAAUGUAACAGGACCAAACAAUCUUUUUUCAAAGGUACGACAGUACAGAAAUAAGAUUUUUCACUCAAGCAGCAUGGAGUUAGAGGAAAAUGAUGCUAACUGUUACAUUGAUGAUAUGAUAGCAGUUCUUCAAGAUGGAAAGGAGCUUCUUUAUCAUCAUGCUGCACAACAAGCUGUUGAGAAACUCCAAGAUCUGAAGAAGGAGGACUUCAUUAUUACAACUGAAGGCUUUGACGAAAUUCUCAGCCAAAUCAAAGAAGCAACAGGAAAUGCUGCUACUAAAGAGGAAUAUGACGAGCUUAAAAACAAAAUAUCUGACCUUGAAUCUCAGAUAUCAAAAGCACAAGAGGAGAUAAAAAGACUCAAGGAAGAAGAUUCUCCUCAACAAAAAAAACAGUUAGAAUAUGAAAAGGCUAAAUCAGGUAAGUUAUUAUAUCAUCAUUAAAAGCAAAAGAGAAAUCAGAUAUCGUCUCCGUUCGUGUGUGUAUGUACGUCAGCUGUACCAAAAAUAGAUAAAAGAGUCCUCCAAAUUGUAAAGUGAACAAAAGAGUUCGGUACAUAACAAUAGAGUACAAGAAAAGCAUUGAUGCAAAGUAUCAAAUGACGUCCAAGCAAGAAAUGCAUCAAGAGACGAUGAACUAGUAAACAUCUGAUGACCAGAUGUCUGCUUCUAAACUGUUCAAUGGUUCAUUGGAUUUACCAGAAUUGUAUAUUAUUAAUGAAUGGGCGGACGAAAGACAUUGUUCAUAUUGAACAUUGUUAGGCUUGCUUGAUAUUAAAAUAUAAAAUUUAUAUUCUUUUGAACAAAAAAAAAACAAAAACAAAACAGAAGUCCAAAUGAACAAAGUCUGUUUUUUUAAUAUUAUAAAUGUAUCAAAUAUACAAGCAGUAAAUAAAAAAAGUAACUAAGGGGACUAUUAUAGUAAUAUUACAAGCAUUUUUCCGUGUCAAACUUAAAUAAGGGUUUCUAUUAAUACCCAGACUUAAGAUACGGUAGUUAUAUUUCUAAAUACUGAAAGUAGAAGACACACUGGAAUGAAGAAUUUGAGAUAAAUUUCAAAAAGACCAAAUGCAGGAUUUGCAGGUAAAAAUGUCAGAAGUGCAAUCAGGGCCUUAAAAAAGAAAUUUAGAAAAGAGUAUUUUUAAUGAAAAUGACAAAAUGUAAACGCAAUAAUACCUUGACUUCCAUACAAAAUACUAACUAAUUAAUACCCCAUUAAUUGCAAAAUAAGUGACACAAUCAAAAGAUGGCAUCGUCAAUUGACUAAUGAUUAAGAUUUUGAUAACUACAUCAGGGCGCCAAGAAUUAAAGAACAAAGCUUUUGAGUAACAAAAGGAUUUCUGAUAUAUAGUGGGGCUUGAAUAUUAGUUCAAUAGUCAGGGUCUGAAUAAUUAAAGAUAUACUAUGCUUAUCCCUGACAUGUUACUGAAUAUGUCUAAUUUGAAUAAAAGAAUGAUACUACUAUCAUGAAACUAUAUCAUGCGUUAAAUACUAGUAAGUAAUAAAAAGCGCAUCGAAACACGAGGCUAUGAUUUAUACUCGUAUUUGUAUGUGCCCCUGGGGGCUAAUUUUCACCCCAGGGUUUUUUAACAAAAAUGGUUAACACUAGAACAUGUUUUGCGCUGAAUAUUAAAGCUCUAGUUCCUUGUGUUUUUUUUUUAAAGAAGAUUUUUUAAGUUUUUAGUACAUACAUAUUAGGAAAAUCAAUGUCCUUCGGGACGGGGCCAAUUUUGACCACAUGGCUUUUAUUUGAACAAACUUGGUUGACACCAAUUAGAAGAUGUUUCAUGCUUAAUAUGUUAGGUCUAGCUAUUUGGGUUUUAAAAAGAACAUUUUCAAGUUUUUAUUAUAUACAUAAUAAGGAAUCAAUGACACCCCCAGGACGCUCAGGGUUUUUAUUUGAACAAACUUAAUAAACACUUACUGGAAAAAUUGUUCAAGGCAAAUAUCUUUGAGUUUUGAAAAAGAAGAUUUUAAAGUUUUAAAAACUGGUGUCCGGAGCGUUACUUCCACGUUCAUGGAGGAGUUUUAAUAUAAUUGUGGACACAUGUUCUCCAUAGCAAGUUGAAUUUUAGCGCCACAAAAGUCUGUGGUAAGGUCAAGGUCAUCCUUAGGGGUCAAAUAUCGUAAACAAAAUUAAACAUUUAAUUGAGAGUAUAUAACUUCUUUAAUAAUGGAUUGGUUUUAUUAUAACUUAGCACAACUAUUCUUUAUGUUGAGUUAAGUUGUUUCGCGCAAAAUGCAGGUCAAUGUCACAAAAGAUCAAAUGCCCAAUUAAAAUAUCAAAAUGUGUGUUUGGGCGCGGUAUCUUGCUUUAUUAAAGGAUUACAAAAUAAUUAUGGUUAUGCGAAUAAUGGUGUGUCGCACAAAAAACCGUUCAAAGGUCAAGGACUCACCGUGGGAGAGUAGGGGAAUGGGAUGGUGGGUUAGCGCAAAAUCUGUGUCCGGAGCAUAAUAUCCACAUGCGUUGAGAGAUUUCAAUAUAACUCAGGACAAAUGUUCACCAAAAUGAGGAGGAGUCUCGCGCUUAAAAUUCAGAUGUAUGUAACAAAGGUCAAUGUCACACCUAGGGGUUAAAUGUCAAAUAAACAUAUUUAAAUUGUUUGUUUGCGCUUUUUCUUGCUUUUGCUUUGAAGUUAAAUGCUUCGUGGUCAGAGGAUUUUUAUAAUUACGUCCUCUUGUGGUGAGGUCGACUUAGUCGCCACUUUUCACUUUUUGGGUUCGGUUUAUGUGCGUCCAUGGGUUUCUGCGUCCGUCUAUAUUUAUCCUGUCUAUAACUUGCUCAUUCUUUGAAGGACUACAAAAAUCUUGAUACAAAUGUUUACCAUGAUGGGAUGGUGUGUCACACGCAAAACCAAAGUCCGCUGCUUAAAGAUUUAGUCACACUUCGGAGGUCGGACCUAAACCUGGUUCCGAGCGUAACUUCUACAUGCCUUGAGGGGUUUUAA